GUACAAGAACAUUGUAAAUGUUUCCUGGGAAUAUCAUUGAAAAUAUUUCUAUAAAUAACAUAUUUACAAAUUUUGAGCAUUUUUCUUUUAAACGAGGUUAAGAUAAUGUUAUUAGGGAAAAUUCUAAGGUUAUCUCUUCAAAGAAAUGCAAAAUAAGUAAUACUAGAACGACAGAAUAAAUCAACGCUUCACUUUAGCAAUAUAAGCCAAAUUGUAGAAACAUGUUCGCGUUUAAAAUUUUUCUACUAGUAUUCAGUUCAUCUGGAAUUCUAGCUCAUCAAUAUGGUGCCUCUAAAGCUGAAACAAAAGGUGGCCUUAAUUUGGGUAUCGGAUUAGGACUUGAAGGAAGCGGACAUGACGCAAACUCGCAAACUAAUGGUCUACCAGGAAUAGGCGCGCACGUCAAAGCAAAUGUUGAUAUUGCAGGAAUGCAUUUAGGCUACGACGAAGGAGUGGAUCUGGGAGGUAGUAAAGGAAUUGCUUUAACCAAACAAGUUGAUGUCGCUGGCCACAAAGUAGGUGUAGAGCAAAAUGAAAUAAAUCUGGGACAGAAAACAGGAAAUCAGCCUGGCCAAGGUAUCGAUGGACAAGGUGGAGGGCAUAGUAGUACAUUGCAAGGAGAUUUAUCCGGUAAAACAGAGGGGGCAGUUAUAUUGACAACUGAUGGUAGUCAAAGAACGCAAACAAAAUCGCAAAAUACUAAGGGUUUACCUAAUCUUGGCGACAUUUUACUAGGAAGUGGAAUCAACACUGGUAGCCAAGAUCACGGAGCUACCAACACAAAUCAAGAUGGAGUAUUCAAAGCUAUAAGUGGUAUAUUUGGAAAAGAUAAACAAGAAGGUCAGAGAGGUGAUGCAGAUACUCACACAGGAAAACCAACUAAUUUAGGUUUAGAUGGAGUAAAAAGUAUCGAUUUAACAAAAACUGUAAAUGGUAUAUUUGGAAUAGAUAACCAAGAAAGUCAUACAGGUAGUGGAAAUAUUCACAGAACUACUGGCAUUGAAGGAAAAGCAACAAAUAUAGACACCAAUCAACUACAUACGAAUUCUUAUGGGUUAGACAGCUAUGGAGGCAGUUCUGGAACAACAAGAGGUAAUUCGAAUGGCAAAAAUUUGGAUAUAGGUCACCAAUAUAAUUCUCUUGGACAACAUACACAAGGUAGCGGUAGUUAUAGUGGUAGCUCCAGUCAUAGUUGGUCAAAUUCUGAACGUCUUCAUUCUCAUAAAUCAGGUAGUUCUAAGGACAGCUCAUUACAUUUUGGUAAUCGUCCGUUUUUCGAUGACCAUUCAGCGGAAGAUUCUGAAAUAAUUACUUCUGGAACUGGCCACAGUACAAAAACUGUCAUACAUGAUCAUGGACGUGACCAUUCUCAUGCAUCAGGCAAUUCUAGGGGUAAUUCAUUACAUUUUGGUAAUCGUCCGUUUUUCGAUGAUCAUUCAGCAGAAGAUUCUGAAGUGAUUGUUUCUGGAAGUAGUCACAGUUCAAAAAGUACCACACAUGAUCAGGGACGUGGUCAUUCUCAUGUAUCCAGCAAUUCUAGAGGUAGUGUAGUACAUUUUGGUAAUCGUCCGUUUUUUGAUGAUCACUCAGCAGAAGAUUCUGAAAUUAUUACUUCUGGAAGUGCUCACAGUACAAAAACUAUCAUACAUGAUCAUGGUCGUGACCAUUCUCAUGCAUCAGGUAAUUCUAGGGGUAAUUCAUUACAUUUUGGCAAUCGUCCAUUUCACGAUGAUCAUUCAGCGGAAGAUUCUGAAAUGAUUGGUGUUGGAACUAGUCACAGGUCAAAUAAUCAUAGACACGACAUCUCUACUGGACACGGAGUGGGUCUUAAUUCAGCUAUAAGUGGAAAACAGGAAACUGGAGAAAGUUAUGGAACAGGCCACUCAUCAGGUGGACAUGUUCACAAGAUAAUUAAUGUUAUUGAGGUUGAAAGAAAUCAUAGAGAUUAUGGAUCGCAUCAUUCUUCGUCAGGUGAAUAUGUUCACAGAAUAACUGAUGGCAUCAACAUUGAUAGAGAUCAUAGAGGUCAUGGAUCAGGUCAUUCGUCUGUCGUAGAAUCUGGCCAUACUGGGGGAUUAGGAUUGGGUCUUGCUGGCAGCCAUAGGUCUGGGGGAAGUCAUGAAUCAGGGGGAGAAUACAGUCACGGGAUAGGUCUUGGAAUUGGUAUUGGAAGUAAUCACAGAGAUGUUGAUGACUUCGGCAGUAGCAGUGGAACUGGAUCACAUGGACAGGGUGUUGAUGGACAUGUUGUAGUUGGUGGAUAUGGAACUGGCCCCUCAGAUAGAGGAGCAGGUGCUGGGAUUGGUCUCGGAAUUGGUAUUAAAGGUGGUCAACAUACUAGCAGCGGAUAUGGUCACAGUUCAUAUUCUGGUUGAUAUCACUUUUUAAUGGGAAAUAAGACUUAAGAAAUAUUUUUUGAUAAUAAUAAUAUAUACCAAUAUAUAUGAUUGUUAUACCAAUUAUUUUGAUUUAUUAUUAAAAAUUUAAAUAAAUAGUAUUUUCACUGUCGUUCCAUUUACA